ACGUUCAAGAGUUUUGGAGAGAAAAGAAAGAAGGGAUACUGGUCUGUAGUUGUUGACAUCGGAGGGAUCGAGUGUAGGUUUUUUCAGAAGGGGUGCAACUCUCGCUCUCUUGAAGACGGAAGGGACGUAGCCGGUGGUCAGGGAUGAGUUGAUGAGCGAGGUGAGGUAAGGGAGACUACUACAUGUGCGUUCUCCUAAUCUUUCCAUAUGUGUCUCUACCAAUUUCCCAGUGUCCACAUUAAUAAAGACUGUCAGUGUGAUAACAGCUGUCUGCAUGAUGUUAUCACUGGGCUUGUAAUCACCAUGCCUGUUGUCAUUAUUUGAAGCUCGCCAUGUUUGGAACUAACAAAGUGGUGCCCCUAUAGAACCCCAGGGACCAGUGUGCAUGGGGUUAUGGCUUUGGUGAAUUAGUGUUAAUUUGACUGAUUGAGAAACUUGAUUAUGAACCUAGAGGAGUCACUGCUGUUGUUUAAGAAUGGGUACUGCCCUCCCCUCACUGUCCCCACUGUAGAAGGGAGAUAUGUACAUGUACAGUAGAUGUUGAGUACUUAUAAACCAAACCACCAUGUUUUGUCAUUGUCAAUGACUUGAGGAGGGAUUUGGUUGAUUGAGUUAUUUUGGGGACCAUUACGGCUGGUGUCAAACUUAGGGUGUGCUUCAAUGUCACAACUGAACUAUUGUUCAUUGUAAAUAGUCAUAACAAUUGUCAAUAAUGCUAACGUUACUGUAUAACGUUCUACUCAUAGAAAUGUAUUCUGUUUCUAUGGUUUUACUAUACCAUGGUGAUUGUUUGAAAACAACAGUUGAAAAAAGUACAUUUCACUUUCUAAGCAGCAAGAAAAUGAUUCAAGACUGUAUGUAUGUAUGUACUCUGAAAAAAGAAAGAAUAUUGAAGAUAUGAUGAUCCCUUAUACAACUUGAUGAACUGACUUACAAUUGAAAUGUUUCUUGUUAUAUUCCCAUUCAUUCAUUAUAUAAAACAUUGUGCUUUUAUUUUGCGUUAUUAUAUAGUAGGGCUGUCAGAGUUUAAUCAGUUAACUCGAGUUAACUUUUUAUAAUUUUAGUUCACUUUUUAAAAUCGUGAUUAAUCGCAUUGAAAAAAAACCCGGAAAAUAUCCAACAUACAUAGAAACAACAAUGUUAUGUCAAAACAAGUUGACAUUGAGGUUAAAGAAAGUAAGUAUGCUUGAUUACCUGAUUUUGCUUACCAGUACUUUGGACAAAAUCAAGACGACAAUAUUCUUAAAAUGUUUUAGUAUGAACAUUCUUAAAAUUACAGCUCAAUUUGAUCAAAUACUGAAUUUGAGGUUGUGAUUAAUCGCUGCAAAUCCUGCUAUUAACUUAUUUUUUUUUAAAAUCGUUUGACAGCCCUAUUAUGUUUAAUGAAGCCAGGUGGCUCUUUGUGUUUAAUAAAUACUAAAUGUGAACUAUACAUUGUGAUAGUAGGCUUAGUAAAUGUACAACUAUGUUCAUAUAACUGAGUGGUUCAGUUCAUUUGACCGUACAUUAGAGGAGUAGCCUACGCCUAAAAAAAGUGGUAGCUUAUUGAUUUCCAUUGUUCUCUGUACCCCACUCACUAAUUCACCUGACUUGUAUAUUCAUAAACCAAGUUGUUAACAAUUAGCCCAGUGGUUUGGACAUUAUUAUAUAUAUUUUUUUUAUCUGUGGACUAUUCCAAUUUGAUUGUGCAUUGUCUCUUAUCUUGUUAUGGGCAAUUAAGUCGGACACACAACCACAAUAAACAAUUUAUCAACCAUGUGGGCAAACUUUGUCAAUAUUGACAAGAUUAGGAACAGUAAACUUAGGUUAUUUUAGAGAUAGGUCUGGUCAACCUUUGGCACCUGACGUUUGUUUGCGCAUAGUGAAUCCAGAGUGAGUUGCCCUCGCAAAGGACGAAAAUGAACGAUUACUAUUCUGUCUUGUUGGAUACAACUGCACUACGAGUGAGUGUUGAGAACCAAAUAAACUCUAGUUUCAUAUAGGCUGUAGAAGUAAAACAACAAGUUAUCCGCGUCGAGGAGGACGACACAGCGGUGUCUUCUGUUGUACGUGACAAGGUCCCCUAAAUCAAGCCGCAAUUCUGCAUUGUAACCAGUCUUCAGAGAUGUCUUCCACACUUCCAAACAGCCCCCUGACCACCUAUGUGUUGGACACAUGUGACGGAGUCCCAGGGGCAAGAAUGGCCCUCAGUCUGCACCGACUGGACUCACUCCUAGUCAUCUGGAACCUGGUGACUGUGGGAACCACCGACGAAGAUGGUCGCUGUCCUGGACUCAUCACUACAAAAGCGUUCACGCCUGGGAUGUAUAAGAUGCGAUUUGAGACUGGACAAUAUUGGGAGAGUUUGGGUCAGAACUCCUUCUACCCAUAUGUUGAGAUUGUAUUCACUAUAACAAACCCCAACGAGAGAUUCCACUUGCCCCUGCUCCUGAGCCGCUUCUCCUAUAGCACGUACAGGGGAAGUUAGAGCCAUCUCUCGUCUGAGCCUCUGCCCGCACUAUACCAUGGAUGUGGUUAAUCGAGCUAAAAUGCUUACAUGUCCAGUUGAUACCUAAGUGGUCGAGUUACUGUAGUUUGAAAUAGUCAUAAUGAUGAACUGAAGUCAAAUGGCUAUCACGUGCUGAAUAUUUAGCUUUUUGCCUGUUCAUCAUGAAUGUACACAUUUUAUAAUCUACCUGUCAAAUUGCUCAUCCAUGAUGCAAUGUGCGUGUGUGUUUCUCAGCCAAUCACAGAGCAAGAUCGAGCUCCGCAGAAAGACUCAAAGUCGUCCUAUUCGCGCAUAAAUGAAAUAAAGUUAAUUCAAUCUGUAAA